ACUAACAGAUAAAAUGUUGUUUGGCGUUGCAGUGGUGGUGCUUGCUUUAGGUUUCCAUGUUAUAUUUGCUGAGGAACCGCAGAGUUUAUCCAGAUUUGAUUAUGACGAAAAGAUGCUACUGAAGUUGCUUCGCAUAGAAGAUAAGCUUGAGCACAUUGAACAAUUUAUUGAAGACAUGAAAUCAGUCGAGCCUGCAAAUUUAAAAACAACGGUUGAGCAGAUUCAAAUGGAGAUGAACGUGUUAAAAGGUCACAUCGCAACCGCAGCGGAACAUAGCAAUAAGACGGAGUCUCUUUUAAAUGACUUUCAGGAAAAAAAUUCAAUGAUUAAUGCAUCGAUCGGCCUGUUAAAGACGCAAAUGAAUGCGGAGAGGGGUCCAACUAUCGCCUUUUUCGUAAGGAAUCCAACAUACGAAUCAGGCAAAGUUAUCUUCAGUAGUGAAAUAUUAAACGACGGAAAUGCUUUUACACCUGGGACUGGUGAGUUUUUGGCACCACAGCCGGGCCUCUACUAUUUUAGCUUCCAUCUGUUGGCAGGUUCAUCAAACACACGUUCGUAUUGUCAUUUGUACAAGAAUGGUGACAGUCUUAAUGUAUAUGCAUACGCAGAUGGCACAACUUCUUCCUAUGACAGUGGCAGUAUGUCGGCGUUUAUCACCCUGAAAAAGGGGGAUGUUUUCCAUGUUGGGGGUUGCGGGGGAAAUCCAAGUAUAUCAUUCGAUGGUAGUACAACAUUGACGGGCGCCUUGAUUAAAGUUGACCCCGUUUAGCUUAUAUAGGAAAUGCAACGUUCGACCCGGCAAUAUCUACAACAGUGUAAGUAUUGUCAUCGCUCUAUGCCAAUAAGAAGAGUGGACGUUUAUAGACAUGAAUUCCAAAUGCCGGAGUUGACCCUGCCUUUCCACUGAUUAGUGCUCGGAUGAUUGUGUAUUAAAAUAUUGCAAAUAUCUCAGCGUUUGUUUCGUUUAAGAGUUUUAAGACUUGCGAAUUAAACGGAAUUCCCUGUGUAUUACACCACCAGCAAAAUAGUAAAUUAUUCUUCAUUACGUUUAGCCAACAACGGUUAAAAUAUGUUAUUUACGUCUGUGUCAAAUUCAGUUUUGCCAUAAAACGGACAUGUGCUCUUGUAACAACUGACUUCAUUUAGAAUACAUGUCAGGGGAAAAGUUGGCUAAUUUGAGCAUAAUUCGGAGAAAGAGAUAACAUUAUCGUCAAUAAUUUAAUUUACUUAGUUCAUUUAUUCAAGGUUUUUAUUAUGCUUAAUAGUGCUCGUAAAAUCAUGCUUAAUAAGUGAAUUGAAUACACUUACAUGAUAAAAUAGUAAACUGUAUUAACAACUUUUACUUUAAAGAUGAGUUUGUAGAAUACAAUAAUAAUUCAUGUUCAUGUUUAUCACAAAAGCCAUAUGAUAAAAGAAGUAUAACGAUAGUACGAUAGAUUAGAAUAGACACAACAUUUUACCAUAAACUAUGUGCAUAUGAAAUACGGAACCUUACGAAUUGAUAAGACAUGUACAUGUAGAUUUAUUAUAUUUAUAUAGGGGGGCUGUAGUUAUGACAUUUUAGCAAAACAUGUGUUCUUGAGUAUAUUUUUUAGUAUAUUGACGUAUAAGAUUUGUAAUAUGGUUUACAAAUGCUUGUAACUC